AUGAAGAAAGUAGCAAGAAAGUCAAUAGACUAUUACAUACUGCCGAACAAGAUCUUGUGCAGUGUGCUCGGAAUAUCAGUUGCGGAGAGGAAGUACACAACUAGUGGAAAAAUAUUUGCAUAUUCCCAUUUCAUAGUAGUGAUUGUGGCAGCUGGCAGUAUGUUUGUGCCUCAAAUCAUGCUUGUUGCGGUGAACUGGGGUGAUCUGAAGAUUCUAACAGGAGUAGGAUGCGUGAUAACAACAUUUGCACAGUAUAUAUUCAAGCUGAUUUACGUAGUGGCCAGAAGAGAAAGAGUGGAAAGACUGUAUAAGGAACUAAGAAGUCUUUGGGAUGCGGCAGACGAGCCUGAGGAAAUGAAGUCUUACGAACAGUUUGCAUACUGGGGAAGAAUAUGUACAUUAGUGUGCUACACGUCUGGCUUAUUGGUUGUGACCAUCUACACCAUUGUAGCCGCCAUUAAUUAUAUUACAAUAGACUACACAGACAAUAACAACGAUAAAACCAAAUAUUUACCAUUUGAAGUCUGGUACGGUACAGAUGUCACAGAUUCUCCUAAUUUCGAGGUCGCCUUUGUUUGCCAAUUUGUGGCAGCAAUGAUGUCCUGUACUGGAAUUUGGGCUAUUGACACCUCGUGUAUGACAGCGAUUCUCCACGUAUCAGGUCAAUUUAAGUUAAUUAACACAUGGAUCAGUAGCAUCGGCAUCAAAAGCGAUUAUAGAGCAACUUUUACGGUGACGGUCAAUGUGCUAAAGGUAUUCAAUACAGGAGCCUCUUAUUUUACUCUGUUGCGACAAAUGCAAGAAACGUGA